UUUUUUUAUAAUCAACAUUUGCUACAAAUGCUGGAUCCGUCAGAGGGCGCUCUGUGGAUUCAAAAAUUAAACUAAAACAGUCUUAUAUCAUGGAAGAGCGGGCUGCCGCGAAAGAGUUAGAUCAAUGGAUUGAGCAACUUAAUGACUGCAAGCAGCUGACGGAAAACCAAGUGAAAACUCUGUGUGAGAAGGCAAAAGAGAUUUUGUCCAAGGAGUCAAAUGUUCAGGAUGUCAAAUGUCCAGUUACCGUAUGUGGUGAUGUCCAUGGCCAGUUCCAUGAUUUGAUGGAACUGUUUCGUAUUGGGGGCAAGUCUCCUGAUACUAAUUACCUCUUCAUGGGAGACUAUGUUGAUCGGGGAUAUUACUCAGUUGAAACUGUAUCACUUCUUGUAGCUCUUAAGGUUCGCUUCAAGGAUAGAAUAACUAUUUUGAGAGGCAACCAUGAGAGCAGGCAGAUUACUCAAGUGUAUGGGUUUUAUGAUGAGUGUUUGCGGAAAUAUGGGAAUGCCAAUGUGUGGAAGUAUUUCACAGAUCUCUUUGAUUAUCUGCCACUGACUGCCCUGGUUGAUGGACAGAUUUUCUGCUUACAUGGAGGCCUUUCCCCAUCAAUAGACACCUUAGAUCACAUACGUGCACUGGAUAGAAUACAGGAGGUUCCACAUGAGGGGCCAAUGUGUGAUCUGCUGUGGUCAGAUCCUGAUGACCGUGGUGGAUGGGGCAUUUCUCCUCGUGGAGCUGGCUACACAUUUGGUCAGGACAUAUCAGAGACAUUCAACCACAGCAAUGGAUUGACGCUUAUAUCCCGUGCUCAUCAGUUAGUUAUGGAAGGAUACAAUUGGUGCCAUGACCGUAAUGUGGUUACCAUAUUUAGUGCCCCGAACUACUGCUAUCGUUGUGGCAACCAGGCUGCCAUCAUGGAGCUAGAUGAUGCUUUGAAGUAUUCAUUCUUACAGUUUGAUCCUGCACCAAGACGAGGUGAGCCUCAUGUCACAAGGAGGACGCCCGACUAUUUCCUCUGAGGACAGCCAUUGAAGAUAGUACAUGCCUCAACCACCCUGUUCUCCCCAUUUUGUUUCAACCUGUUUGUAGGCAAGAAGAAUCGCUAUUGGAAGAUCUUUGACAGAAUGGCUCCAUUAGGAUUCUGCAAAACUCACUAAAUAACAGGAGCUGCUCUUGUACCCUCCACUACUGUUUAUGUAAAUUUCACAGAGUACAUUGCAGCCCUGCCCCCACCCCCAUCCCCACUUUUGUGUAUGUCUUAUUUUUUUUAUAGUUAAAAAAAGUGACAUAGAGCAAACUAUCUAUUUGAUGUAUAGAAAUGGGACAGCCAACUUUUUACUGUCAGCCUCCAGAUGCCCACUUUGCUGAGUAACUUUAUUGUAAGGUAAACUCGUUAAAUUUCUGUGCAUCUUUCAUAACUUUUUGCCUGAUACCUGUUGGAUAUUUUUUUUUCACAAUGUGGACAAUCUGAAAUAAGUAUCAUCUGCCCAGUCCAACAGAAUGAAAUACACAGACUUGUACAUGUUUAUUUUCAUUGUGAUGACUGUGUUUUCCACUCUAUUUUUCCUCCACUCCAAAAAUCUAACAGAUGUGUAGCAGCCAAUAACAGCUCUGUAGACAGUGUGAUAACUGUAUGUUGUGAGCUGGUAAGCAGAUGUUUUUUUGAAUACUUCUCAUUUUCUUUACAUUCACUCACACCAUUAGCAUUGUGAUCAUCAGUAUUGAAGUUCUUGGGGGUUUUUUCCUUUUCAUUAUCAUUUUACUCUUUUAUUUUCAUCUGCAUGCUAAACCUUUUAUGGCUUGAGUUAUAAAAAAACAUUUAGCUUUUUGAUCAUUUUGUGGCAUUGUGAUAGACAAUAUUUUGGUUUUGGCCUUUCACAGCUUAGGGUUAUGUGAACAGUGUUCAUAGUAUUCACUUAUUCUUACUCUAUGCUUGGUGGUAAAUCAUGACUUGAGACUGAAUCUAUCAUAAAUGAGCUGUUUAAAGUUGGCCACAAGGGUAGUGUAUCAUCAUAGUUAAAGAUGAUCCAACACAAUAAUGUGAUUUAAUGUAAUAGAUAAAUUCUUACUAACCAGCAUGUGUCCUUCAAUACACUGCUGCGUCUCUUCCCCAUUUUUACCUUCCCAGUUACUGCCAACUCCCCAACCAUAACACCAUUUCAACAAAGCAUUUCUUUAUUCUGUUUCUGGUGGUUCAUUUAGAAUAAAUUAUACAGACUUUACACCAACAACAUGGACUAUGUAAAUUACAGAAAACUUUUAAUUCAAAUAGUUCUGGCUUUGCAGAAGUGGUUGAAGCUGUUGAGGAUUAUAUUGGUUUGGCUCUUGUGUUUAAUAUUCAGCUGAAGUAGUUCAGUGUGUUUUUGUCUAUGUUCAUGAAACCUUUGACAAGCUGUCCCACAAAGUGCACAUUUACUCAAAGAACUGAUUUUCAGUAUUCCCACAACAGCAACUAAAUAUGUUUAAAAAUUCAUUUUUGACAGAUGUGAAAAGCUUUUUUUUAUGUGUAUGUGUCUGACACUCAAGUUCUCCAGGGCAGAGCACAUAAAGACAGUUUCUUAAUACAUGUUCUUUCUUUGCAUACAGCAGAUUGAAUUGUGCAUGGUCUAACAUAUUGGUUUGCUUUGCUUUUUACCCCCUUAACAUCCAGUACCUUGGUCCCUUUGUAAAAAGUAGUGCUGUUCCACUGCACUUCUGGUACCACCCACAUCAGUAUGUGUACUUCACUGGCCUCUGAUACCCAGCAGUAUGACUCAUUUAAAAAAAACUUAUCCCAUUGAGCAAUGAGGAACAAAAAAUAAAGCAUGUCAUAGAUAAGUUAUUUAUAUCCAAACUGUGGUAGACUGACGUGACUUGUCUUGAAUACAGAGUUUGUGUGUUGGCUGCUCAUCUCAGUGCAAAAUGUUUUUAAAAAAAGAAAAGGAAUGUAAUCUGCUUGUAAAAUAAAACAGUAAUUGUUGUUCAGCAAA